GUUGUUUGCUCUACAGCCAACAAAACAUUCACAUAAAUAUAAAUAAUAAUAAAGCGCAACCCCGAGGCGUAGCCAAACAACGACAACGCAAUGGGUUUUCCGCGCAUUCUCAGCAAAAACAAUAAAAUCUAUACGAAACUGGGAGAAUUCUGUUUAUCCGGCGAAAGUUUUUGGAUUGUCUGUCAUACUUGCCAGGAGGAGCUGCAAACGCAGGAUGCGUUCUGGAAGCACAUACAAGAUGAGCACAACUUUCUGCACGGCGUGGCCAAGCAGGACCACAGUCGCACUUCCAGCUAUUGCCUGACGGAUGUGGAAACGGCGACAGCCACGACUGGAGCUACAACGGCACAGGCUACUGGGGGCGUCACGGCAGUAUCCGUGCCAUUGGCUUUGUAUCAUUGUGCGGCCAAAUACAGUGAAGAGGAGCAACGUGAGGUGGCCGCCGCCGUUGAACUGCAUGAAGCACAGCAACAGCAGCAGCAACAACAACAGCAGCAGCAACAACAACAACAACAACAACAACAGCAGCAGCAUCAGCAGCAUAUGCACCAACAACAACAGCAGCAGCAGCGAGAUGCUGUUAAGGACAUGGCCGAACUGCAUGCAGUCGCGACAGCUACUGGCACACGUACCAACAGUGGCAUUGACAUUAAAGUGGAGCCCACAGGCCUGACGCUAACUCCAGACUUGCAGGCAGCAGCAGCGGCGGCGGCGGCGGCGGGAAACACCACAAUUUAUCAUUUAUCACAAGUCGUGCCUGCACCACCGCCGCCACCUCCAACAUCGAGUUUCAUUAGUGCCGGUACCUCCACCUCAGUCAAUGUGAGCAGCACACCACCACAUGCCACACUGGGCGUCGUUAGCACAGGCGGCACAUGCACAUCGGUGGCCCCGAAUACAAACAGCAAUACUGUCAUGCAGCAUGCCUGCGGCACACUCAGCAUGUCUGUGGCGGCGGCAGCGGCUGCUGCGGCAGGUAUGCCACUGCUGGCUGCACAGGAACUGGCGCCCAAGGAUUCCAACAGCACAACGGCCAGCGCCAGCAGUGCCGUAUCAUCGGAUGAUGGCGAGCGUUGGUAUGUCUGCGAUUAUGGGACGUGUGGACUAAAGUUUAAGUACAAGUCGCGCAUGGAGCUGCAUCGUGUGGUGCACAGCAAGGAGCGUCGUUUCAACUGUGAUAUGUGCAGCGCCUCCUUCAAGCAGUCGUGCAACCUAUCUACGCAUCGCAAGAAGAAGCAUUCAAUGCGUGGCAUCAAGAGCGAUCUGUUGCCGCAGCGCUUCUUGGCUGGGCCAUAGAUAGAGUUAACGUUGGGCUAUGCACAAAAUUUUCGUAGCCCAGCUUCGCAACUUG